AUGUCUUUUGUAAACAACUGGCUUGAUAAAAUCUCAGCCGAGAUCUGCUUACCUGGAUCUCCAAAGGCACAAGAGGAGACUUAUGAUGAAUACUCGCGUGAUUUUGAUGACCCAACUGAGAAACCUCGUCUUGGAAAGUAUUGGACCAUUGUCACCGCCGGUGCUGGCUUGUUUUCCGAUGGUUACGUCAAUAACUCGAUUGGUACUGCUGGUACUUGUUUGAGUAUUCUCUAUCCCAAGGAAUACAAGAACUCCCCUGCCCAGGGUAAUGUUGCCUCUAUUGCAUUCGUCGGUACUGUUGUUGGUCAAUUGUCGUUUGGUUGGAUUGUUGACCAUUAUUCCCGUAAGUUUGGUAUGCUGCUCGGUACUGUCAUUUUGAUGCUCUUUACCGUGCUUGCUGCAGGAUCUUGGGGAGCUCAUGGUUCUAUCUACGGUAUGCUUGCUGCCCUGACUGCCUACAGAUUUUUCUUGGGUAUCGGUAUUGGUUCUGAAUAUCCUGCUGGAUCUGUGGCAUGUGCCGAGGCUACCAUGCACCUCAGCAAAGGUAGACGUAACAGAUGGUUUGUGUGGUUUACCAACUUCAUGAUUGACUUUGGUUUUGUUGUAUCUGCAUUUGUUCCUUUGGUCUUGCUAUGGAUCUUUGGUACCCACCAUCUUAACGCUGUCUGGCGUUUGACCAUUGGUUUGGGUGUCUUCCCACCAAUUUCCCUCUUCUUCUUGCGUCUCAGAUACAAGGAAGAUAAGAGAUUCACCAAGAACAACUUUAAGAAGACAGGCGUUCCUUACUGGCUUAUUCUCAAGUUCUACUGGCGCAGAUUGUUUGUCGUUUCAUUGAUCUGGUUUAUCUAUGAUUUCUCAAGUUACUCUUUCGGUAUUUUCUCUUCCACUAUUCUUAAUGGACUGAUUCCCGAUGGCAAUUUGUACAAGACCUUUGGCUGGAAUGUUGUUUUUAACUUGUUCUAUAUCCCCGGUGCCUUUUUGGGUGCCAUCGCUGCUGAUUAUAUUGGACCCCGUCUCACCUUGGCUUUUGGUGUCGGUCUUCAAGGUAUUAUCGGUUUCAUUAUGGCUGCCAGAUACGCCUCGCUUUCUGAGCAUAUUGCUUCGUUCACUGUAGUCUUUGGUAUUUUCACUGCUUUAGGUGAAUUUGGCCCUGGUGACAACAUUGGUCUUAUUUGUUCCAAGACUUCUUCUACUGCCAUCCGUGGUCAAUAUUACGGUCUUGCUGCUGCCAUCGGCAAGAUCGGUGCAUUUGUUGGAACAAAGGUCUUCCCUAUUAUUUUGAACCACAACGCUAGUGCUCCUUUCUAUAUUUCUUCUUCGCUUUGUAUCUUUUCAGCUUUUCUUGCUCUCUUCUGCUUACCAGCUCUGACUCAAGACUCCAUUCAAGAGGAAGAUAUUAGAUUUAGAGAAUAUCUUUCUGCUAGUGGUUUUGACAUGAGCAGAUUGGGCGAAACUCUGGAGUCUGAUAUGUCCCCUGAAAUGGACCCCGUCGAUCCUAUUGACUAUGAAAAGAAGUCCGCUGUUCAAACUAGUGCCAUGUAA